AUGGACACCACUGCAAUGGCAAGCCCUUUUUUGGAAAGGGUGCGGCGAGAUGUCCCGUAUGUCUUUGAGCCCGGUUACCAAAUGGACGAAGCUUCUGGGUUGAUGAGACGGGAGAGGUUCAUUCACGUUCUCCAGUAUGGGCAUUCCUUGUUGUCCGCUGCUGUGCACAAUGAGAACAUCUCCACCGCGGACUUGAUCGGCAUCGAGGAUGCCGAGUCCAUGGAAACUGAACAAGGGCUUUCCCGGCAUCGCUAUGGCAGCCUGGCGAUGAAGGACAAGGUCUUCGUGGGCAAUUUGAUGCGGUUCGCGGAGAUGAUCGCUGUGAGGACUGUCAUUCACCUUACGGUGGAUGACUGCAAGGUCUUUGAGCAGCACCCGGCUUUGCAGGAGGCUGCUCGACGCCUGGGCUUUGCGAAAUGCCUCUUCCCGAUGUCCUCGUUCGGUUGCAGAACGCAGUCCCUCACGACUUUGUGGGGCACGGACAAGUUCAUCAUCAAAGGUGUGAAGCAUGUUGCUGGCAGGCUCAUGAGCAUGCUGCUUGAUUGCAAUCUGUGUAUGUGCCCUUGCUAUGAAGGUGUCCGGUUCUCUUGCUUGCUGAUGCGCCAACUGGUCUCAGGUUCCCUCCUUUGUGCAACCGGCGAUCGGGUGGGAUGCCAUCGACUAUGUCGCACUUCGGCUAUCACACGGGCACGUACACCUACUGUGCCACUCUCCUGCAAUCUACAGUUGUCUAUGGCUUGGCUGGUUGGUUUGUGGUUUGGCGAUUCAGGUAUGCGACUUGGUGGUGGUGCGACACCGACGGAGUGUUAA